AUGCCAUCUUCCUCGAGACCCUAUUCAGCAGCUACUUCAGAACCGGGUAUGAUGGAAGGCUAUCCAAUGGCGAGGCGUGCGAUACCGAUGAGGUCGACGCCAGCGCUACCACCGUCGAGAACGCAAGGCCCCGUCAUGUUUCCUGCUUUCCAAGCCAUCGACGAGGAAGCCGCCCGCGAGGUGGCGAGAUAUCGGAUACUCUCCUUUGGCCAAAUACACCAGUUCUGCGAGCACAUACCCUACAACAGCUCCAAGAAGGACUUUUAUGAAAAGACGGGGAGGGAAAGCAUCGAGGCUUUCCAGUACGAGUUUCGCGUUCCCGGACAAUCGGUGGCUUACAAAGUUAUGUGGGAUUAUAACAUAGGACUCGUCCGCAUGAAUCCCUUCUUCAAGUGUCUUGGAUAUGCCAAAACGAAACCGUCGCAGAUGCUGGACAAGAACCCCGGCCUCCGAGAUAUUUCUCCGAGCAUCACGGGCGGAUCGGUCAGCGCCCAAGGAUACUGGAUUCCUUACCGAUGCGCGAGAGCAAUCUGUGCCACAUUCUGCUUCGACAUUGCUGGCGCCAUGAUUCCCCUCUUUGGCCCGGCUUUUCCGUCCGAAUGCAUACCGCCACAUUGCAAGGAGUUUGGGGAGAUGGUGAUCAGUCAACAGCUUAUCGCGGACGAGGCAUUCGACGCUGCCGUGUUACGCAGCGCAUACUUGAUGCGAAAGGAAGCAGCGCAGAACCGAGCGCGGACGUCUGGGCUUCAUGGGAGUCAUCGACCUGCUCACGACGAUGGCGCAUAUCGGAAUCCUCGCUCCCGCCGUUUCCACCCCCCCUGGGCACCGAUGGGCGUUGCGGGUGCCUAUCAGCCUGCCGUACAAGCCGCCUGUGCAGUCGGGGGUGCCGACGAUAUGGAGAUGCCGUGUCCAUGCCACAACCAUGAAGGACCAAACCUCCCUUGCAUCCAAUUCCCAGCCGGCGAGCAUCAGACUCAGAGGCAAAUGCCCCGGCCUCUGCACGAGUCUGCCCCCCAGAUGGUCGACUCGUCAUUCUUCGGCAUGACAGGUGACCCUUGGACCACCCAGCGACAGUGGACGGAUGGCAACAGGCAUUCGCAGCAUGCCGCAAACGCGCCCAUCGAUCCCAGACUCCAAGCUGCGAAAAUGGAUCAAGGCAGGAUACGAUACGACAAUGGCAAUGGCAAGGACGAAACGACCAGGCGAAGCCAGCCUCCCAGCCAAGGCGCCGACUACGCCGCUGCAGAGGUUUUGAUGGCGCUGCAGAGGGAUGAGCAGGAACUGCAAGACGGGACCGCCGGCCCUGCUCCUGAACAUUCUCUUUGGCCGGCAAAAGUGUAG